CGAGCUAUUGGUUUGGGUGUUGUGGAGAUUUGACACGGCGGUGUUGUGCUAGGUAGUUGUUGGUGGUGGCGGAAGAAUAGGCAAUAUAACGACAGGGUCGAGCAUGUUCGUACGACGAUGAGCGCAUGGCUCUGAGUAGGAACAUCUCUUUAUCAUUUUUGCAGCCAUGUGUUUGCGCUGGCAACAAAUCUUCUGACUGCGAUGAUGGUUCGCGGAAGGUGCGGGGUUCUCUCGGGCCGACAUCGUUACGGCUGCGGGCAGGAGUAGUUGUCCCUACGGACUAUAUAUGUCCGCUGAUAUAAGCCCCAAAUGACAUUCAGGGUAUGAAAACAUCGUGAAGACACUAGUUGGACCUCGAAUUCGCGCGGACACAUAUACCAGCAGGAUCACGUCAUGUCUACCCUGGGAAACAAUAUCAGUCGGACGCUUGAUGUCCUACUUCCAAAGAUACGGUCCCGCCGUCAAGAGUCGUCAGAACCUAUCGUACUUGGUAUCACAGGUCUACAAGGUUCAGGCAAAUCGACAUGGGCAUCGGAGCUUGUCAAGAUCCUGUCACAGGAUCACGGUCUCUAUACGAUAACUGUUUCGUUGGACGACUUCUACAAAACCCAUGAUGAGCUGGUAGCACAACGGGAUCGUGAUCCCAACAACAAGCUUUACCGUACUCGUGGACAGCCUGGUACACACGACGAGCAGCUAGCCCGAGAGUUCUUCAGCGAUUUGAAGAAAUACAACGGGAGAGGCAGCGUCAAGAUCCCGAGCUUCGAUAAGAGCAAGUACAAUGGCGAAGGCGACAGAGCGCCCCAAUCAGAAUGGACGACAAUCUUGCAAAAACCGGAUGUUGUCAUCUUUGAAGGAUGGUGCGUGGGCUUCCAGCCCGUUCCUCAGUCUUCCAUAGAAGAAAGAUAUACGCUGGCAAAAGCCGGGAAGCUCACAGUCAAUACCCCUGCGAAUCACCAACUUCCGCAUUUGUUCGAGGUGAACGAGAAUCUCGAGCGCUACUGUGAUGCAUUUAUGGGACCCAAGCAAUUUGACUUCUUCAUCCAUAUCGAUACGGACGACCUGAGAAAUGUGUACAUAUGGCGUCUGCAGCAAGAGCAUAAGAUGAUUGAGGCGAAAGGAUCAGGGAUGUCAGAUGAGCAGGUUCGUGCGUUCAUCGAUGGUUAUAUGCCGAGCUAUGAGAUAUACCUGGAGCGGCUGCGCGAGGGAUUGUUUGACGACAGAGGUAGGAUGGUGAGGGUGGUACUGAAUAGAGAAAGAGGGGUUGAGAGGAUUGAGGAGCUGUGAUGAAGCAAGUGUCUUCUUUGCUGAGCUCCGAUAGCGUUGAGACGAUAGCAAAGGCGCGCAAUGAAGAGAAACGACAGACUAGCGAGUGGGGGAUAAUGAGCCGCAUUUGUAACAAUGACAAAAGUACAUUUGCUACCUGUCGUUUCAAAGC